AUGAAAUAUAUGUUAAUACUAUUUCUGCAGUUACUUUGUAUAGAUCUGAACAAUGCUAGAGAAAUUACACAUGAAGAUAUUAAAGAUGCAAUGUUAAGUUUAGUACACAUGAUGCGAGAAAAUACUGAAAAAUUAGAAAGGCAUGAGGCACGAGAACGUCAACUGGGAGAACAAUUAAAAAAAGCAAUUACAGUAUUGACAAAACGUAUGUCAACUAUCGAUUCCUUAAAAUUACAAUUGACAAAACUUGAUGAAAAAGUAAUGGGAAUAGAACAGUUAAUCUCUCAGAGAGAUGAACGAGAAAGAAUACAAAUGCAAAAGACUGUUGAUGGUUUAGAAGAUUUAGAAAGUCGUUUAGAGGGAUGGCUUACAGAUAUUGAAAAUAAAGUAUCAGAAGUAAAUAAUAGACCAGAUACUACAUUACCUCCACUAGAUAAUCACGCUCAUAUUAUUUCAAAAUUAAAUAAUACAGAAUUAUUGUUAAUGGAGAGAAUUUCAAAAACAGAGUCGCUUUUAAAAUCUGAAGCAAUAAAAUUAAAAGAAGCCACAAAUGUUCAAUCAGGAACAACACAAGCAUUAUUGACUGAGAUCCAAGAUAUUGGUACAAAGCUUAGUGAUCUCGAAGUUUCACUGGAAAAAAUUAAAGAACAAUCACAAAACAUAAAAAAGAAAUUACAAGAACCACAAUUUGAUGCCAUCUUAAAUAUUGAUAAUUAUACAAGAAUGCUACCUUCUAUAAAGAAACAUUUAGAUGAUACUUCUGAUCAAAUUAAGGAAUUACCACAGAUUACUGAAAUGCAAACUCUACAUAAUGAAACUCAAACACUUUUGCAAGAAGCUAAGCAUACAUUAAAAGAUAUUAUUACUAAAGGACUUAAUAACAUUGAAAAUAAAUUAACAGAAAGUAAAGAUGAAAUAAAAGAUAAUAUAGGAGCACUUAGAAUGGACUUGGCAAAUAAUGCUGAACAUGUAAAUCAAGAAUUAAAUGAUCUUGAAAAAGGGCAAUCUGUAAUAGUAUCAAUGGCUGAUCAUGUCCUAGAUACUAAAAGAAGAGUUGAAUAUGGUGUGCAUCAAAUUCUUCUAGAGGUAGGAGAUUUAGUGAAAGCACAAGGUACAAAUAUUAAUAAUACUCUAAAUCAAAGAUUUGAUGGCAUAUCAAAUGAUAUUAUGGACAAUCAAAAUGGAGCUUUAGCAAAUUUAACUACUAAGAUGGAACAAGAAAUGAAUCAGGUGUGGCGACAAAUAAAUGUCAUGUAUCAACAAAUGACAGAAAGUGCAAAAGCAUUAGACAAAUUACAUAAGCAAAAUGAAAAAUAUGUUAAUGGUACAACUUCUACCAUGGGAGGAAUGGAAACUAAAGUAAGCGAAAUAACAAAACGCAUGACCGAAGUUGAUGAUAAUUUAAAUUAUCUAUUGGGAAGACUCUCAUUGGUGACACAAGAAUUUAAUCAAAUUAAAACAGGAUUAGGUAAUGCACUAGAUAAUAUUAAAGCAUCAUUUAAAGAAGUUCAAGAUAAAGCAAAUGAUUUAAGACAUCCAGGACCACACCCAAUACCUGAAAAUUACAAAGAAUUUAAUGAAUCUGAUAACAAUAAACCGGAUGAAAUAAUAAAAGAUAUUUCAUAAACUUACCAUAUCAUCUGGUCCUUCACAACUGUGUCUAUAGGCCAAACCUUCAGGAACUAUUUUAUUAAGCAUCAUUUCUACAUCAUCUCUAACAUCUGGAUCCCAAUUUUCAUUUAGUGCUAAACUUGCUGAUGUGUGAAGAACUAAAAAAUAAUGGAAACUAUUUAUGCUAUAGGAAAAUAUCUUUGUAAUACUUAUAUUAGUUCCAUGAACAUUUUAUUACUUCGUCUGGUUAAUAUAAUUAGUUUACUCAAUACAUUA